AUGGUUUUGUUGGAUCAAACCAAAUUCAGGUGUCCUGAGGUUCUUUUUCAGCCGUCUUUGAUUAUGGGAAAAGAAUCUCCUGGUAUUCACGAGGCGACUCGCAAUUCAAUCAUGAAAUGUGCUGUCAAUACGAGGAAGGAUCUGUAUGGUAACAUUUUGUUGACUGGUGGGACAACAAUGUUCCAAGGGAUUAAAGAGAGGAUGACGAAAGAGAUCACUGCACUUGUACCGACUAGUAUGAAGAUUAAAGUUGAUGUUCCGGAGAGUGAGUCUAGUGUUUGGAUUGGAGGUUCCACUUUGGCUGCUCUAAGCAGCUUUCAUCAGAUGUGGGUAACUAAGGAUGAGUAUGACGAAAGUGGAGCGACAAUUGUUCACAAGAGAUGCAUUUAA